GCUUGCGCAUUGACGCGGUCUCUUAGGAAGAACUGGGAGGUAGGUGGGAGUUUGUGCCGUGAUGAUCUAUGUGCGGGAGCGUUCAGGCAUCUCUCUGGAGGCUGUCACCGAGUGAAGAAAAAGUAAGAUAAAUCCAGGUUCCCCUUUCACUGAUGAUGGGCUACUCGUGUAUCACCGCCCUGCUUUGCUUAAGCUGCGGUCUGCUCGUUUCUUCAUACAAGAUCGAGGCACAUGAAUGGGACAAGCUGAUUCUCACUCACCAGUGGCCUCAGACGUUUUGUUCUAUGGAGUCUUGUGAAACCAACUUGACGUACUGGACCAUUCACGGACUUUGGACAAAUAAAGGAAACAUGUGUAAUUCGUCUUGGCACUUCAAUGAGAGUCAAAUACAGGAUUUGUUGCCAGAGAUGAGGAAAUGGUGGCCUGACCUUCUGAGUUCCGGCCCCUCUGCUACCUUCUGGAAGCACGAGUGGACGAAGCAUGGGACCUGUGCUGCCAAGGAGGAGGCCAUGAACAGUGAGCACAAGUACUUCAGCAAAGCCCUGGAUCUCUACCACAAGCUGGACCUCAGUGGGGUUUUGACGCAAGCCGGGAUCGUGCCAGGAGAGAAUCCCUACUCUCUGGAGAAGAUCGAGGGGGUGAUUGUCAGUGUCUACAGUGCAAAGCCAAAGAUUCAGUGCACUCAUCUUAAUGGGCAGAUGGAGCAGGCCCUGGGCCAGAUUGAGAUCUGCUUCGACCGGGCAUUCCAGUUGACGGACUGUGAGGGGCACGAGGCAGAUGUUUGGGGUGGCCUGAACGACGUGCUGGCCUACGAGCUGGACGAGUGGGGGGGAUUCGGCGUCUGUAACAGCUCGAUGCCUGUGGUGUACCCCCCUUAUAAAAGUGCAAAGCAGCGGGGGGGUGGGUAUUUACCAUGAAGGGAUGACUAAUCAGCUGUUCUUGUAAAGGGGAUCUGUAUCAAUCAUGAUUUAAUCUCUCAGGUGCUUGGCGAGGGUUAAGGGUAAAAAAAUACUGAUAGAUAGGUGUCUCUGUGGUGACCAAAUCCUGCCCCCUUGGGGUAUCAUCCUUUCCGCGUCUUUGUGAUAUUUCCCUAACAGUCCAUAUGAUUUCCCUUAAUUAAGUGCUUUCAGACUGAGGUCAAUUGGUUGAUUAGUUUAAUUAGAUUGUGUGGUGGUGUAAUGAAAUGGGUGAUGGGCUCGGGUGGGGCUUGGGGAUCCAUGGAAUUGGGGGACUUUCCUCUCAGGGAAUUCCAGAGAAGCAGGUGGCAUUGACAGCCAGUAGCAGGGGCUUAACAUGCUCCACUUCCUAUGCAGUCACGUUCCCAGCAGAGUGGCUGUCGGAGUCCCUGCUGAUUUCUCAGGCUCCGUAUCUGACUUGAUCUUACUUUCGGUGCUUUUGAGAUUGAAUUCAGAUACAAGUGGUUCUGUACAGUAAUAAAAUGCAUACAGGACGACAAA